GCCGCUGCUGUCGAGGCUCCCUGCCGGGCCGAGGAUGCGGCGCUGCUGACCUGCCCGGACAGCGCCCUACAGGCGGACCGAGGCGGAGAGAGGAGCUAGCGCGCUGCCCCGACGGCAAGUAGAGAGAGCGAGAGCGCACUGAGAAGCGCGCCGGAGAGGGAGCGCGCGGAGAGGCGAGGUGGGCUGGCAGCGGGGCGCGGCGCGGCGAGAUCCCCACCACCCCCAUCCGGCCGCGGCUAUGAUGGUUCACUGUGCCGGCUGCGAGCGGCCGAUCUUGGACAGGUUCUUGCUCAACGUCCUGGACCGGGCCUGGCACAUCAAGUGCGUCCAGUGUUGCGAUUGCAAAUGCAACCUGACCGAGAAAUGUUUCUCCCGGGAAGGCAAGCUCUACUGUAAGAACGACUUUUUCAGGAGGUUUGGGACCAAGUGCGCCGGGUGCGCGCAAGGCAUCUCCCCGUCGGACCUGGUGCGCAAAGCCCGGAGCAAAGUCUUUCACCUGAACUGUUUCACUUGCAUGGUGUGUAACAAGCAGCUCUCGACGGGCGAGGAGCUUUACAUCAUCGACGAGAACAAAUUCGUCUGCAAGGACGAUUACUUGAGCUCGGCCAGCUUGAAAGAAGGCAGUCUCAACUCAGUGUCCUCUUGUACCGACCGAAGUCUGUCUCCAGACAUCCAGGACCCGAUGCAGGACGACACAAAGGAGACCGACAACUCCACCUCCUCCGAUAAAGAGACCACCAACAACGAGAAUGAAGAGCAGAACUCGGGGACCAAGCGGAGGGGACCCCGGACCACCAUCAAGGCUAAGCAGCUGGAGACCCUCAAAGCAGCUUUUGCUGCCACCCCGAAACCCACCAGGCAUAUCCGGGAGCAGCUGGCUCAAGAAACGGGACUCAACAUGAGAGUCAUCCAGGUUUGGUUCCAGAACCGACGGUCCAAGGAGCGACGGAUGAAACAACUGAGCGCGCUGGGUGCCCGGAGACACGCUUUCUUCAGAAGUCCUCGACGCAUGCGCCCUCUGGGAGGCCGCUUGGAUGAAUCCGAAAUGCUAGGCUCCACCCCUUAUACUUAUUACGGAGAUUACCAAGGCGACUACUACGGCCCUGGGGGCAACUACGACUUCUUCCCGCACGGCCCCCCCUCGCAGGCGCAGUCCCCCGCCGAUUCCAGCUAUAUCCCGACCUCGGGAGCCGGCUCCACCCCGCUCGGACCCCUGGAACCCCCUCUCCCCGGGCACCACGCUUCCGAGAACCAAAGGUAUACGGAUAUGAUCUCUCACCCCGACACGCCCAGCCCGGAGCCCGGGCUGCCAGGCUCGUUGCACCCCAUCCCGGGCGAGGUUUUCAGCGGGGGGCCCAGCCCCCCUUUCUCCAUGUCCAGCUACAGCGGGCCCCUCUCGCACCCCAACCAGGAGCUGAACGAGACGGCCGUGUGGUAGAGCGACCCCUGGCGGAGGGCGCGCGCCUGACCUCACCGGACCAAAAAAAGAGUAGCCCCUUUUUUUUGUCCAGCUCCGUCCGCUCCGUCGGGGCGAAACUCCGUUUACCAAAAGCGCCACCACCGUGAUGCCAAAUCGCGCCUCGCCAGACCUCCUCUCCC